CUGGCCUGAUCUUCAACGUGGCCGCUGCACAGGCACCGUCGUUCUGCUGCCUCCGUCCUGGCUCCAUCUGCCAGGGGUAAAUUGCUAUGUAUAUCUCGCGCCAUCCUUAAAACCGCUUACUAUAUCUCCUCUUGCGUCCCCACUCACCCUCCCUUACGGCUUACACACGCGCCUCGAUUAACUAGUCUGCCUGGACAGCCUCCCCCGUUCACUCUCGUCCACUUGACGCUUCUUCACGACUCAACUUUCCCACGCGCCCUCUUGGAUUGUCGCGGAGAUGGGCUUGCGAUAAUUCGCACCUUACGCGCUCGACUCUCACACCAGCCUCGACUUGAUCCUUCGAUUCUACCGCCCUGUACCUGCCUUCUUUCCCAGUUCCGUAGCAUCCGCGUCGCUUCCAACUCCUCGUCAUCGCCAGGAUUACGGAAUGUGCACUGGCCAUGGAAUCCCUCGUCUAUGAGAACUCGCCGUUGGCGGACUACCUCCAGGGGGAAGGCGAACACGACCCAAAUUGGCCGAUAAAGGAGGCCGACCAUAGCGAUGAUUUCUCCGAUUCUACCGCGGCCGAUUUUGCCCCACGAGGGGUCUCUAAAUUCCAGGAACGCAUUCGGAAUAAACUCCCCAAACCCCUUGAACGGAAAGUCUCGCGGCAGAGGGCAGCGUUGGGACGACUCUAUGACGCUUGCACGUCUGCGCUGAAUUCGCGCAUCGGACGAAGCGACAACGAGAGAUUCCUGGAACAAUUCGGCUAUGUCAUCGUUGCGUCUCAGCUGCUGAACGAGCACAGCGCGCCCUCCUAUACAUCAGCCGCAGAUGUCAUGUCCACGGCCCUCCCAGCAGACCUUCCAUCGAUCUCCACCACAUUUGGCAUACAAGGGGCUGUGGUCACGGCUUCCACGUCUUUCUCCAUCGCUUGGUUGCUGCACUGGAGCCGGUCGCGAACAUCGUCGGGUCUCAAUCCUCGGAAGGUCGGGGUUCUACUAGUUCUUGUGCCGGUUAUUGGAGUGCUGUUCUAUGCUUUCGCGAAGCGACAAUGGCUCAAGUAUCUACGUCAUCAAGCCGUCGAUGCCGCCGUGACAUUCAUUGGCAACGCGCAAGGGUUCGACUCUGCCGCCUCGGCAUCAGUUGUGUUUAUACAGGAAGUUGAGCUGGUCUCAAGAGGCUACCGCAUAAGCACACCUUUGCCCCCAAUCAGCAGACUCGAAGACCAGACGCAAACGCGACGAUGCUUGAGACUGCGCCGAACCGUGUCGGAGUCGUUUUAUCUCAUGCUGGGCCGGUAUCUUCGAGCACAGCAUAUCCUCCGGCCACUUACCGACAACACAAACCUCGCCAGAUACUACGAUAUCUACGACGUAUCGGAGGAGGAGCUGGCCGAGGCCGAGUUAGCGUUCAAUGAGCGAGCCACCGAAGAUCAAUACUCCCUACGCGCCCUUCGCACACUUUUCGGAAGACUCUACAUCGUGAGAAAGAGUAUUCUCUGCUGCCUUUUAGCUCUUGGUGCCGAUGGCGGCGGGUCCGACAUUGCAAGAUGGACUGCGGCUGUUGAGCAGAUGCGGGACCUGGCUCAUGUAACUGGCGAGAACAUCCAUAAGAUGACCAGUAUCCUCAACGAGGACGAUCGUGAGGCCAUCCCGCCUUCCCCGCUACCGACAGCUUCGCCUAACAAGGACAAUCUCCGCGCGCAAUACCGAAGGAUCAAUUCACUUUCCCAGGGGGUCCGUGCACUUCACGCAAAGAUGCACAUCCUCAGAGAGGCAUCCAGUUCCAAUCUCGAGCGGCCAGAUGCUGGUGAAUUUGAGGCAAGCCUCAUGCCCCAGUAUGAAUCGAUUGGGGCGGAUAUCAGAGGUCUUCUCCAGGAGUGGGAAUCCGGCAAGACUGCAUUGAUGAGUAGCCUGGAUAAACCUUCCAGCACAGAUCAUUCGCGGCCAUCGAGCGUGAUGAAAUCCCCAAUGUCACCCACACCCAGCCUCGGAGGUUCUACCGCGGUUGAGGGCAGCCCUGCGGACGCCCUCCGAGCUUUGAACGGGGAGAAUUCCGAUCCUAGUAUCAUCCACACGCUGGAUGACGAGGAAGAGAUCUUUGAAGCGGUGGCUCUUCCGGCUCGGAAUAAACGAGCAUCUCUAACAAGAGAGGAACGAAUUGCGCGCGUCAAGGAAGAUAGAGCACGACAAGCAGCUGCUCGAGAGCGCACUGAUGCCAAUACGACAAUGCUCAAGGAGCUCGAAAUGGUCAUCAAGCAGCGACCUCGUACAACUAUUGCUGCGAAGCGUGUCACAAGCAUUUGAACCGCCGACAUUUGAUCCUCCCAUCUUCACAUUUCUCGAUACCCGAAUUUCCUCACCUUUUCUUCUCCACGCAUAUAAUCACCCCAGCUUCACUCAUCUUGAGCCGGAAACCAACUCCCUCAGCAACCAUGCAGAUUGAUACCCACAAAUGUAUAGAGCGGUCCGGUGUCAGCGGCGUUACGGCAUUCUAUCUCAGCUUGGUCAUUUUAUUACCCCUGUCCCUUGGAGGACCACAUGGUGGCUUACAAUCGUUGAUACUGUAUACUAUGUUCUUUCUUUGACUCACUUUCAGCUUGUUUUUCUGUAUGCUCACUACGCUUGCCGAUGUUGGCAGUUGCCUCUUGAUUUCGUUUGUCCUGUAUACUCAGCCUUGUGUACAUAUUCUACAUUCUAGCGUAAUUGGCUUAAAUUGAACCUGUAUUGAGCUAAA